AUGGAUUUCGUCAACAAGCUCGCGAGCAAGGCCACCGGUGAGCACCAGCAGGGUGACCAAGCCCAAAAGCCCAGCGGUGGCGACGGCCUCAUGGACAAGUUCAAUAACCUCGCCGGUGGCGGCGCCAAGGGCGAGCAGAAGGAGGAUGGCCUUGAUAAGGGCAUCGACUGGGUCCAGGAGAAGGUGUUCAAGCAGGGCCCUCAGGACAACGAGAGCGCUGCUGAGCAGGCCACGGACAAGUUUAUUGCGGACCAGAUCCGCAACCAGUAUAAAAACGCUACGGGCAGGGACUUCCCGAUCGCCGACAAGGAAUAG